CUGCAUCACUGAUUCUUGACAGCCAGGAACCCGACCAAAACUCCAGCAAAGAGAGAAGAGUGCUUUUCUCCCACAAACUCCCAUUUGUGUUGUCAGUCUGUCUUCCGUUCCUAGAAAUCUGGAGGUGCUGUGGAGGUGGUAGGUAAGCAUUUUUUGGACCUUUAUUACAAUUUACUUUUCCAGGCAGCAUUGUGCUUCUGCUGUCUUUUCCCUGGACUUUUCAUUCAUCCCCACCUUGGAUGAGAGCUGAAACUGUGAACUCUGCUCCAUCUUUCUGAGUUACUCUCCCACUGUGUGCUCAAAACAGCAGUCCCAUGUGGUGAGAAUGCAGUAGCUAACCUGUGCCUCCCUGACCGCCCCCCCAAAUCUAUUCUGUCUUCCCAGUAGAAUUGUUCCACUCCAAUCCCUGCUUAAAAUGGGGGCUCCCACUGCAAUCUGUUUGUUUGAUAGUUGCUAGUUCUGUCCUGGCUGUGUUAAUACUUUUCCCCUGGUCCUUCCCUUUGCGUAAGGUGAGCUCUUUUUAGAGAGGAGCACUUUGGGAUUCUGUUAUCAAGUGCAUCUUGUCAGCUGGUCAGGGAAACAGUUCUGUUCAUCAGCACAAAUUUGUUACCGUGUUGAUCUUAAUGGGUGUUUGUUUUCCCUUCAGUACCAGCACACCGCAGCAGUAAUCAACUUUCACGUCAAAAACCGUAGCACAUAAGGCUAUUAGUGAAGCUGAUACUUCCUUUAGAUCUACAUUGACAACAGAGCAUAAUAGCACCUGAACAAUGUAUGACUACAGGGCAUAGAAAACAAAAUAUGACAUUACAGAAGGUGCCUUUCCCCCAGCUCCUCGAUGGCUGAUGGUGGCUUGCCAGCUGUGCCAAAUGACAGGCUCUAUUUUUCCAGUAAAGAGCAGCACUGUGUACCCCAUAGUAUUUGGUUUGCCCCUAAUACUUAUAAUUUGUCUGCCCCAUGGAGGUAGGCAAAGCCACCUCUCCCCAGAGACUGGGAAGGGACUUGAGAGAUGGCAUUUCAAACUUGUGAGAUAUUUCCUUCUGUUGUCUUAAGAAUAAAACAAUAACUGGUUGUCACUUUUUUGCCCUAUAGGAAACCUGAAGUUGCUGGACCCACAUGGCUCCUACUGAUAACUGCUGAGUCCCUGACGAAGUGGAAAGACCAAAAGUGAAGAUUUUUGACUUUGUGAAAGCCUCUUAAAAACAUGUAUUUGUAGUGCAGUCAUGGAGGGGUUGCUCAAAGGUGAAAAGCAAAAAAAAAAGCAGAGGAGCCAAAAUGGAGGGCUGGCAGAGGACAGACUCUCUCUGCAUCCAGGAAGCUAAAGAGAUCUUCAAAACAGUACAUCACAUCUUGCAGUGACCCAGGAAACUAUGCAGCUGGCUGCGGCUGUGACUGCAGAAAUAGUUGUCAGAAAUGCUGAGUGGCAUUGGAAGGUGUGAUCCAUGAAAGCUGCUGUUUUAUCUACAGAUACUUCUCUUGAUGUCCUGCUAUGUCAUACGAGCUGUGAACUUCAUGGGCUGCGGAGUAAACUGUGGAGGCAGUCUUCUACUGGAGCACCCUUCAGGAGCACCUUGCAUGGCAGUGAAAGCAGCAGUGUGGGGGAGCAGUGUUGUGGGCUGAUAUCAGUGAGCCUGUGCUGUUUGGGGCCUCCAGCCCUCCUGCCUGGCAAUGUGAGGAAAGGGUACAAUGAGCUGCUGAGUGCCCUGGAACUUGUCUGAGCACCCUGCCUGCUCACACUGCUGAAGCACUUGGACUCAGAAGAACAAAGCUGGUGACGAGACUUGAAGAAACUGAACUGGUGAUGGUGAGUCCGACUUCAGAGCAGUAUGACAGUUUGCUCCAGCAGAUGUCAGAGAGGAUUGAUGAGGGAUGUGGGGAAACCAUCUAUGUCAUUGGACAAGGAUCAGAUGGGACUGAGUACGGGCUGAGUGAGGCAGACAUGGAGGCAUCCUAUGCCACGUUGAAGAGCAUGGCAGAGCAGAUCGAGGCAGACGUGAUUCUCCUGAGGGAGCACCAGGAGGCCGGGGGCAAGGUGCGCGACUACCUGGUUCGGAAACGUGUGGGUGACAACGACUUCCUGGAGGUCAGAGUAGCAGUAGUUGGCAAUGUGGACGCAGGGAAGAGCACCUUGCUGGGUGUCUUGACUCACGGCGAGUUAGACAACGGCCGGGGCUUUGCUCGGCAAAAGCUCUUCCGCCACAAGCACGAGAUUGAGUCAGGCCGCACCAGCAGCGUGGGCAAUGACAUUCUGGGCUUUGACAGCGAGGGCAACGUGGUGAACAAACCUGACAGCCACGGUGGCAGCUUGGAAUGGACAAAGAUCUGUGAGAAAUCCACCAAGGUCAUUACUUUCAUUGACCUGGCUGGUCACGAAAAAUACCUGAAAACCACCGUCUUUGGCAUGACCGGCCACUUGCCUGACUUCUGCAUGCUUAUGGUUGGGAGUAAUGCUGGGAUUGUUGGAAUGACCAAGGAGCACUUAGGCCUGGCGCUUGCACUUAACGUUCCUGUCUUUGUUGUGGUGACCAAGAUUGACAUGUGCCCUGCCAACAUCCUGCAAGAAACCCUGAAGCUGUUACAGCGACUGCUGAAGUCCCCAGGGUGCAGGAAGAUUCCCGUGCUGGUUCAGAGCAAGGAUGAUGUCAUUGUAACAGCCUCCAACUUCAGCUCAGAGAGGAUGUGCCCAAUUUUCCAGAUUUCAAAUGUUACUGGGGAGAAUCUAGAUUUGCUGAAGAUGUUUCUUAAUCUCUUGUCUCCACGGACCAGUUACAGGGAAGAAGAGCCAGCAGAAUUCCAGAUAGACGAUACUUACUCUGUCCCGGGUGUAGGAACAGUUGUCUCUGGGACGACGCUGAGAGGCCUAAUCAAGCUAAAUGACACUCUGCUGCUGGGGCCAGAUCCCCUUGGCAACUUCCUCCCUAUUGCUGUCAAAUCCAUCCACCGCAAGAGGAUGCCCGUCAAGGAGGUGCGCGGAGGCCAGACUGCCUCCUUUGCCUUGAAGAAGAUCAAGCGUUCUUCCAUCCGGAAAGGCAUGGUAAUGGUGUCACCCCGCCUGAAUCCACAAGCAUCAUGGGAGUUCGAAGCAGAGAUUCUGGUGCUCCAUCACCCCACCACCAUCAGCCCACGAUACCAGGCCAUGGUGCAUUGUGGCAGCAUCCGUCAGACAGCCACAAUUCUCAGCAUGGACAAGGACUGCCUGCGGACAGGGGACAAAGCCACGGUGCACUUCCGCUUCAUCAAAACCCCGGAAUAUUUACACAUAGACCAGCGGCUGGUCUUCCGGGAAGGCCGCACCAAAGCUGUGGGUACCAUCACUAAGCUACUCCAGACCACCAAUAACUCACCAAUGAACUCGAAGCCACAGCAGAUCAAGAUGCAGUCAACAAAGAAGGGAGCUGUUACAAAACGAGAGGAUGGUGUUCCCACCACUGGGAUGUCAGCUGGAGGCCCAGCAGCUGGGGAUGAGGCUCCCUCGACAGCUGCAGCACCACUGACACCUACUGCCCUGCAACCAUUGCCUGCACUGGAUGAAGAGCCCCACAUCCGUGAGGGCAAUAAGUCAAAAGUCGGAGGAGGAGGCCGUCGACGUGGGGGUCAGCGCCAUAAAGUGAAAUCUCAGGGAGCCUGUGUGACUCCUGCCAGUGGCUGCUGAAUUUCUUAUUCCUCCUCUCUCUGAAGAAUUCCUCCCCAUCCCUUCAUUUCUUCUCCAAAAGAUCCAGAGCAGCGUAAACCAAAACCCAUCCCAGCUGAUUGGCUGCAGAAGAAUCAUCCCUCCUCCCUGCCGGAAGCAAUGGAGAGGAGCAUAAUUUAUAAGCUAAUGAAGGUGAUAAGACAGAGAACUGAGUAACUGACACCUUCCUCCUCCCCCUGUCGACACAUUUUUGUACAUCAUGGGCUUAGUUUUUAUUCUUAUUAGUUUUUAUUAUAUUUUGUGUGCAUGAAGAUGAGAGGGGAGUCUGGAUAGAGCUGCAAAGAGCCAGUUAGUUGCCUCCCUCCUCCCUCACCUCAUCCCCUUCUGUCCACAGGACUUGCUGCUUUCCCCUAUUUGCUGUCUCACAUCCAGGGGUUAUCAGAUGCCAGAAAUUUCGGACUUGCAAAGGUUAAAACAGGUUGUUUAGGAGGGCUCCAUGGAGCAUCGUUUCAUCACCACUGUGGCCUUGUGCCAAAUAUGUUUUGGAUUCCCUCCCUCCUAAACUAUUUCUAAGUGGAUUUAAUUUAAUGUUGUAAUGACUGAAGUUUGAAGGAGAUGGUGAGAAAGUUCCUUAGUUGGGGAUCUAAGAGGGAAACAAAUUGGAAAGCAGUUGUUGAUGUUAAGUUCAGGGAUCCUAUGCUCAAUAUCUUCAAAUAAUGUUGAAAGCACUUAAAAUUUUAACUAGCGACAGAGUUAAAUGAGCAGACAUUUAACCACCCAGUUCCCCUUCCCAUCGUGCUGCUUUUACCAGUGUUUGUUCAGUGCACAUUGCAGCAAAUCCAACCUGCCUCCCAAGGCUGCAGCAGCUCCACUGACAGUAUUAAGAGCAGUGCAGGAGCACUCAGUCCGUCCCUUGAGCCAGAGAAAGCCUUCUCACCUCGACGGACGGAGGUCACAGGUGGUAAGAUACCUUUGGAACAGAGACACCAGGGUAACACGAUCUCCCCUUGAUUUUGUUUACUCCAAGAUUUCCAAAACCUUUUUGGAACUCACUGGCCAAACUUUGCCGUGGCAGAGGUAGGAUUUGUCUUCUCCCCUCUUGGCCAAAGAGGGCAGUGACAAAUUGGUACCAAAUUUAUAGAAGUGCUUUCAAGGUUGGAAGUACAUGGUAAUUUUUCUGACUUUCACUGAUUUUUUUUUUUUUAAGAUUUUAUUUUUCUUAAUGAGAAAUUCUGGCUUCUCCAAGAAGGCCCUGCAAGGACAGUUUUUAAAUUACUGUUAGAAUGGUUUUUUUAACCAUUUAAUGAGUUUUUCAAGUGAUUGAUUCCCUGCUUAUUUUGAUCUCUUUUCUUGAUCUCUUUUCUUCUAACCCUGCCUCCUCCCUUGGCUCUGGUGAGGACAGGAAUUAUCCUCUGCCAGCUUGUGGUGAGCUUGUGGUAGCAUUUUGAGGAGGAGGUGGCAUCCUCGGCAAAUCAUGGCUUCCCCCGGCAGGCACGGUCAGGCUCGGUUUCUCUGAAGGCUUCCUCCUCCAAUGAAGGACUUUUAUUUUAAUCAGAGAGAAACUGCAAAGUUUCUGUCCCUCCUUAGCGGGCUGUUCCUGUUCCUCACUCUGUGUCACCUGUGUGGAGUUCGUUCCAGCUCACCUUGUGACUCGGGGUGGCUUCCAGGCCGGCUGAGCGGCAGAGCGCGUCUCCCGCUGCCAACACCAGCACUCCAAGAGCAUUAAGCGGCACGGGAGAGGCAAGAAACGUGGUUUGGAGACCAGGGUCCUUUGCCUUAGAGACUGCAGUGGGUGGAAGGGGGAGGUCAGACAGUCCUUUUCCAAGCUAUGUGCCUAAAUACCAGCACUCUCCUGGCGAGGGAGGAACUAUAGGCGGCUACAACACUAAUAGCACCCGCAUUGUGAGGGGGUGUGAGGUGUGGCUGAGCAGGGCACAAGGGCCUGGCUUGUUUGUCUUCUGGCCCUGUAGCAGCAUCAAACUGCAUCUGAUUUCACUGCCCUCUGCUUCCGAAGGGAGCAGGGAGCUCCAGGCGGUUUUCUCUUUUUCCAUUCCUUGUGCUCCAAAUGAAGGAGACUGCCAAGACUGAAAGAAGGUUCACUUCAAUUUGUGCAAAGGAGGUGGUGUGAUCUCUCUUUUGUGACCAGCAUUUACAGAUCACUCAGGCUGGUGUGAUCUAUAAAAUAAAUUUUAAAAAAGUUUGUUCCAAGUAAAA